GAAUGAGUCUUGAAAAUGUAUACCUACUAUAGGUAUCUACUCCUUCUCCCGUUGGCCGUAGGGCUCCGUACACUGGAGCCCCCGCCUCCCGUCCCCGCGAGCCGUGACGGCAGCAACGAUACAGUGACGGAAGGCUUCAUCUACGUCCGUUUGAACCAAUUCGCUGCCACUAACACAGAUGUCUUUCCAAUGCGUUAUUACUACAAUUCGAGACACGCCAGGAGCACAAACAUCGUCAUUUUCAUAGGCGGCGAGUGGCGUAUCAGCGAAGGCUGGAUGCGGGGCGGCCUGGCUUACGAGCUGGCCGCCAGAGAGUCCGCGGCGCUCUUCUAUACAGAGCACCGUUACUACGGGGACACAAGGCCCACCAACACUACGUCACCAGAGGAGCUGAAGUACUUGAGCGUGGACCAGGCGCUCGCCGACUUAGCGCAGUUCAUUCAGACAGUUCAGAGCGACAGUUUCGAGAAUGGCUGGUAUAGAGGUGGCAAGGUGGCUCUGGUGGGAUGUUCGUACGCAGGCAGUAUGGGGACGUGGAUGCGACUCGCGUACCCGCAUCUCGUCGACGCCGUGUUCUCUGACUCCGGACCUUUGCACGCCCAGGAAGAUUUCCCUGAAUACUUGGAAGUAAUAGCCGAGGCGCUCCGCGUACAGGGCGGCGAGACCUGCCUAUCCACGGUGCAAGAAGCCAUGGUAGACCUCGUAGCGCUACUGGGAACACCCGAUGGACCUGCCACGGUCAGCGAGCAAUUUAAUACGUGCUCAAGUCUACAAGGCGCGACGGCUUUGGAUCUGGCCACCUUCUUCUGGUACGGCAUCACAGAGACGUUCGCGUACCUCGUGCAAUAUGCCACGCCCGGUGACAUUUCUAACGCUUGUACUGCCCUUCAAAACACCCAAAUUUCGACCAACCCGGUGACGCGUCUGGCGGCGUGGAUCAGUGCUCAGCCUUCGACGCAGCCCUGCAUCGAGGCUGAAUACAGAGUGCAAUUAGCACUCCAUACGAACACCAGCUAUGACGCUCCUCAAGCUACCAUGCGUGUAUGGUUAUACCAGACGUGUGUGGAGUACGGGUGGUAUCAGUCAACGACUAGCCCUCGACAGCCGUUCCUGUCCACCGUCCCCCUCGAGUACUUCCACCAGAUGUGCAAGGAUUUCAUCUCCGAAUAUUUCGACGAAGAUCUACUCCGGUCGGGCAUACAACGCACGAACCUUCUCUUCGCCGGGCUCGACUUCUUGCCGGACCGCGUGAUCUCGGUGGUGGGCGGUCACGACCCGUGGUCCCCUAUGGGGCCCAAAGCGACCCACUCCAGACACCUCGCGCCCGUCUACGUCGUGCCUGAAAUCUCACAUUGCAGAGCAAUCCAGUCAACGGAGAAUAGCGAUUCGGAGGCUCUCGCGCAGGUGCAGCAUGACGUACUGAACAAGAUGUCAGAGUGGUUGACAGACAGAGAGGAUGACAUGAUAAGCAGUGCGCAUGCGGUGACCGCCUCGAUCAUCGUUGGCUUCGCUGCGAUUGUUGCUCUGUUCGCUUAAAUUAACGUACCUUUAAAAUUAAACAUAAUAUCAAGAAGUCCGCAAUUAAAGACUGGCUUAGAUUGUACCCUCGCAAUAAAUGUCAGUCAAAAACGUUGACGUUAAAACCCAAUACUGUAGCGCCGGUUUAGAACUCAAAACUUUGUUACCUACAUUACAUUGUGUUCAAUUUACGAUCCCUUCAUA